UCAAAAAUUUUUUCUCAUACAAUUUAUUUUUUUCACUUGAAUAAUAAAUAAUAAUUUCUAAUAUACCAUUAUUGCUUAUAUAACGAAAUGUCAUUUACUUUCAACAACAUUAGUUACAAACAUAAAAUAGUAUUUUAUAACUAUAAAACAUAAACAGUUUUUAGUCGAUUUCAUAUUACUGAGAAUGAGGACUGAUGGAAAACUUUUUGUCAGAUUUGUAAAUAUUGUCAGGAUUAUAAUAAUACAAUAGGUGCGGCUAUUCGCCAUAUUGCUAACCCCUGAUCAAUGGAUCUUCUUUUGUAUCUUACAUUUCUUUUUCUUUUUUUUUUUUUUCUUUUCUUUCUACUUUUUACUAUCAACGCAAGAAUAGGAUCUGUCUCUUACAUAAUGCAACAAAAUAAUUGCUACGUCGAAGUGUACAACUAUAUCUGUAAUUAAAAUAGAUUGCAUAUAAGUGACCUGUUAAUAGAUUAAUUGGAACUCCUUUCAAGUUGACUUGAAAUGUCGAUCGAAAAACAUUGACAGUUCUCUAAACUUCUAAGAUGAAGAGCACGAUUCUAAUAGUUUUUCUUCACUCUUGUUUGAGCCCCUUCCCAGAAGUAUUUUCCGCUAAUAUUUUUAGAGGAAGUGUCAAAAAUCGUACCAUGAAGCCAAGAGUCGUAUUGCCAAAUAAUUACGUGAAAGAGAUUCGACCGCCAUCAAAGAAGGGUGUCCCAGUGACAGUUGACUUCAGUAUUUUUGUCGUGGAUAUCAAUUCCAUUAACGUCGAGGAUAUGGAUUUUAGGGUCGACAUGUUCAUUCGUCAAAGCUGGACCGAGUCACGACUUUAUAUGCUCGAUGAUAUCUUCGAGGAAGGAGACGAUUAUGUUAUUUUUCCAUCAGAAUUCUAUGAUAAUCUUUGGCAGCCUGAUCCUUAUUUUCUAAAUUCAAAAGUCUCCGAGAUCGCUACCUUAAACCACAAAUUCUCAUCGGUCACACUCUACAGAAAUAAAACCGUCCGAUAUUCCGCGCGAAUGCACGCAAUUAUAGCAUGCCAAAUGGAAUUUCAACUUUAUCCUAUGGACAUACAAGUUUGUCCGAUCUACGUGGAAAGUUUUUCUUAUAAUAGUCAAAAGUUACGAUUGAGAUGGGACGAUAACGGUGUAACAGUUAAUCCUGAAUUAAAAUUGUUACAAUAUAAUAUAGGAAAACCAGUUGUCUUCGAAGAGACUACCCAUUACAUGAUGGAAAAGAAUGGAAAUUUCUCAAGGUUGGUGGUUUUAUUCCGAUUUGAGAGACAAAUAGGACAUCAUUUAAUACAAACGUUUGCUCCAUCGACAUUAGUCGUAAUGUUUUCCUGGUUCAGCUUUUGGUUGGAUUUAGAUGCGAUACCAGGACGUGUCGCUCUUUUAGUAACGAGUAUGCUUACUUUGGUGACGAUGUUUACUGGCUUGAAAAGUGACAUACCUCCGGUUGCCUAUGUGAAAGCACUUGAUCUUUGGAUGGCUGGUUGCAUGAUGUUCGUAUUUGCUGCUUUGGGAGAAUUUGUAAUAGUCAAAGUGCUUGAUUUACGUUAUCAAUGUGUAAACGAUAUACAAUCGUCAAUUGUACCUCGGAGCUUUCAAACGCGAUUAGUUAUGGCGGACAAAAGUCAAAAUUCUGAAUUCUGGGAUUAUGAUACCAUAUAUACAAUAAAAUCAAAGAACAAUCGAGCAGGCAGCAAACAUCUUCUACAAACAUGGCUUGAUCUUGAAACAUCAUCUCUAUUUCCUUAUCGGACACGAUCACAACAAAUAGAUCGUUAUAGCAGAAUUGGAUUUCCUAUUCUUUUUCUUUUAUUCGUCGUUUUAUAUUGGCCUAUACUUUUGCUAAAGAAAGCAGCAUAAUAUAGUAAAUUUAUUUAAUGUAAUGUCAAUCAACUCUUUUCAGUAUUAAUUGACUUUGUUUUGGCGCAGUUAGCAUAUGUUCACGUUGUUAUAAAUGCAAUCUGUAUAAACAUAUCUCUAUGUAAAUUUUGGAU